CUCGUACUUCGUAGUCCGGUAAAAAAGGUGGCUACAACAAGACGUAUUUAAUGAUUUUUAAUAGUUUGAUAACAAAAACAAACGCUUUAACAUCGUUUUCUGUGUGAAUUAUAGCGAUUUUAUAUAAUACUGACAGAAAAAUGCCUUGGCAGCGACCUGAUGAAGUGCCAUUAGGGAAAGUAUGGGGACGAUUCAAAGGAAAGGAGAGGAAUGGUGUACCUGGAUUAAUGUACCAAAUUCGUGAUAUGGAUGAAGCUUACAAAGAACAGUGUUUAAGUUUGAUGCAGGAGACAUUCUUGCGUGAUGAGCCCCUAUGUCAAAUUUUGGAUUUGAAAAGUGAUCCAGACUCAAUUGAAACUAUUCGAAAUAACUGGAUGGCUAUGCUGGAUCAGAAAAUAUCGAUAGCUUGUUUUACAGAAGAGAAUGGGGAGCCAAAGGAGCUGGUGGCCUUCAACAUACUAACGGUAUAUCGUAUAGACGAUGAAAAAGAGGACAUCGAGAAGGUAAAAGGUGAACAGUGGAAGAAGAUUUUAAAAACAUUAACACGUGCUGAAGGCCUUGUUGAUGUGUUUUCAAAAUAUGAAGUCGAUACAUAUUUAUCCUCCAGUGGAUUGACCGUUUUACCAGGACACAGGGGACAGAAUAUAGGAGCUAGGGUGAUAGAAGCCAGGGAACAACUCUGCAAGGCAUAUGGUAUAAAGGCAGCGUGCACAGUAUUCACGGCGAAAACAUCACAAAUAUUAGCGGCCAAGUGCGGCUACGAAGUUUUAGCCACAUUACAGUACUCCGACAUGUUAAAAGAAGGAAUCGAUUUAACAGGCUGUGAAUGUUCUGAAGCUAAGGUUAUGGGAAUCAAGUUUCAGUAAAAGCUACUUCUAUACCCAUACAUCAUCAUAUCAGCCGAAAGCCGACCACUGCUGGACAAAGGCCUCCCCCAAGUAUUUCCACGUUGACCGAUCUUGUGCUGCCCGCAUCCAACGGCUUCCCGCGACUCGUUCUAAGUCGUCGGACCACCUUGUAGGGGGCCUGCCAACGCUGCGUCUUCCGGUUCGUGGUCGCCACUCGAGAACAUUUCUGCCCCAGCGGCCGUCGGUUCUGCAAGCAAUGUGCCCCGCCCACUGCCACUUCAAUUUAGCAAUUCUUCGGGCUAUCUCGCAGAGAAACUCCGAGCAUAGCCCUCUCCAUUUCUUUGAGUGACCUUGAGCCUUCUUAUGAGGCCCAUUGUGAGCGACCACGUCUCUGAUCCAUAAGUUAUCACUGGCAACACACACUGGUCGAAGAUUGACUCUCGACUUGAGACACUGCGGUAUUUGGGAUGAGAAGAUAUCGUGUAUCCAUACAUACAUACAUAUAAAAACGAAGGAGUAAAGAUAAACAAACCAUCGAUUUACAUUCCAUGCGAUUAUGUAACAGCUCCGCUAUAUUGUUCACUACAAACAGUUCUUGAUUAAUACAUCUUUAUCGAUACAACACCAUUCCACUCAACAAGGUACUUGUAUCUACUUAAAUUGUUAUAGUAUUAUUUAAUACCAGCGCUUUACCCGCAACUUAGCUCGCUACAUAACUCAGAAUUGCUAGAUACGAAUAGGUCAUUCUUCAAAAAUGUAUAAUUUUCAUUAUUUGUUAAUUUUUAUUUUCGUUAUUAACUUUUAUUCAGCGCAACCAAAGCACAGUUUUUGUUCUAUAGUUAAAAUAUUUAUUAAUAAUCUUAUAUAAUAAUAUUUUAUUAUUAGGAUUUAGAAAUAAGCUCCAAACCUUCUCCUCAAAAACAGGAGAGGAGGCCUUUAGCCCAGCAGUGGGACAUUCACAGGCUGUUACGGAUUACGGAAUAUUUUAUUUAUUUAAGUAACAAGACUCAUAUACAAAAUUACAAAAAAUAAAAUAAAAUAAACACUACUAUCAACUUCUUAUGCAAUUUACUGGUCCAGCUGAAACUUUACAACAGCGGUUUAUAAAUACACAAUCUAGUCUGUUAGCAAUCGUGAUUAGAAUUUUGUUUGAGCUAAUAAUAAAAAAUAAUAAUAAUAAAAUAAAAACAUAAAUAUAUUAUCAUUUUAAUUACUAUAGGAAGUGUAGCAGUGUGCAUUUGAAAUUCGUUUAGAAAACAGUUGUGGUUGCCACCAUUUUGAAUGCGAUUUGUGGAUACACAUGAGGCAGAUUAUCAUCUAACACAUGCAGAUUUCCUGACGAUGUUAUCCUUUACCGUCGAGCACGAGAUGAGUUAUAAACACAAAUGUAGCACUUUAAAAUUCAGUGGUGCUUUAUGGGGUUUGAACCCACAAUCUAUGUUAACUUUUGAACAAUAUUAUUAAUAAUUAAGAUUACGUGGUAAAUAAAAACAAUAUAUUUUAUAAGAUUUAUUCAUUGUUAUACAUAAAAUAUACACAAAAUAAUUUAUUAUAAAUAAAUUUGUUAUCAAAACUUUUAUUAAUUUAAUUUAUUCGCCUUAAUUUAAUACUUACUAAUACUUGAACAAUACAAAUUGUCAUGAUCAUAUAAAUGCAGGAGAAAAAGGGAAGAAAUUAUAUUCA